UCAACCCCUUUGUUUAACUUUUUAGGAGUGUCAUCAAAAUUUUGCCUUUUUUCUCUCCUCCACAUAAACUAUUCCAUUCAUUGGCCUUUUCUAUCUCUUCUUUCUCUAUCCAAAAUUCAGAAAACUAAGAAAAAUAAAUAAAAAAAGAAUGGAAGAAUAUGUGAUUAACUUAAUAAUGGUGGGAGUAAUUUCAUGGACUACCCUUUUCUUGUUGACAAGAAAAUUGUUUGCAAAUUACUCGUUUGAGUUUUGCAACAGAAUAGUGUCAACAACUCAUGCUACUUUAGCUGUGAUAUUAGCUUCUCAAACUGUUGAAGAUUGGAGUUGCCCAGUUUGUCCAUUAAACUCAAGUUCUUCUCCUAAACAGAUGCAAACAUUAGCAGUAACAGUGGGAUAUUUGAUAUAUGAUCUGAUAUGUUCUCAAUUUGACAAAAAAUCCAAUCUUGAUAACACAAUUCAUCAUUUGGUCAGCAUUAUUGGAAUUGCAGCUGGUCUCUCAUACCAAAAGUGUGGAUCAGAGAUGGUAGCAGCAUUGUUCAUAACAGAGAUAUCAAGUCCAUUUCUACACCUAAGGGAGUUUCUCAAAGAAAUUGGCUACAAGGACACUGAUCUUAAUUUGGCUGCUGAUAUAUUGUUUGCAUUAACAUUUUCAGUUGCAAGAAUGGUAGGAGGUCCGUAUCUAUUUUUUGUUACUCUAUCUGCCAACAACCCACUCCUAAUCAAGGCAAUGGCAACAGGAUUACAGCUAGUGAGUGCAUUUUGGUUCUACAAAAUCUUAAAAAUGGUCCAGUAUAAACUCACUAAACGAACCAGAGUCAAGAAGUUGGCUUGAUUUUUCUUUUUAAAGUCGAUCGAAUUCAGAACUUGAAAUAUAAUUUGGUAACUAAUGACCCAAAUUCGUCUCAUAUAUAUAUAUAUCGGUUGCAAUUUCAAGCAUAAAUCUAAAGUUCCAAUUCGUAUAUUUUUAACAUGAUUAACAAAUUGAAUAGUCAAAGUACCUAUUUUUUAGAAGAUGAUUCGUCCUCUAUUCCUAAAACUUGCUAUCUAAGUUAAUGUGUAUAAUGAUUAUUAUUUUACUAGAUUUGUAUUUGAUAUAAAUUAAUGAGUAUGUUAUAUUGUUGUACCGAUUACUAA